AAAAAUAAUAAAAAAAGCAUAAUUUAUUAAAUAUGUCGAACAACGAUGAAGACCACCACAAUACUUCCAGAAAAAAUGUCGCAUUUUGUGACGAUGUGUUCCUAAACCAAGAAAUAAUCCACUUGGAACCACCAGACACACUGAAAACAAAAACAAUACGCAAAAGCCUCGACAUCAUGGAUACAAACGAUGAAAACUACCUCGAAUGCGAAGAUGAGGUACCACCAAACAAUGCGGACUGGAAGCUAUGCGCCGUACACUUCAAAAUGUUCAUCCUGAUCCUUAUCUGGCUGGUUUGCAGCUGUUUCCUGAUGCUUCACAACGUCAACGUGCAAGACAUGCACCAGAUCAGCGUUCCAAAGGACGUAUCACACAGUUACGUCAUUCUAAACAAACCGAAGCAGGAUAAGGUGACUGUGAUGCUGCAGGGGGCACUUUUGCCUCUUUACUACAGCAACCUGUCGACGCACUCCAUGUUCGUCUACAUUCAAAUGAUAGUGGUGGAUGAAAUGCCCUCAAAGGAACGCGACCUCAACAAAUCCAACAUAAUAUUACUCCGAAACGUAUCGGACGUCUGGAACGUGCCGAUUGUGAACGAGAAACUGAUUGGAAUGGUACCCGAAAUCGUUUUGAAGAAGGUCUUCAAGUUGUCUCCGCAUAAAAUCGACAACACGUCCUACCAUUUGUUGCAAAUUAAAAUCAAGACCAAUUUGAACACUAACUUCCCCGUGUCCUUGGGUUACAACCUCCAACCGAUUAAUACUGAAGAUGGUAUCUACUAUGCGGCUUUGGUACUUUUGGGCCUGUACAUCAUGAUUAUUAGUGACGUGGUGCAUAGGACCUUGGCCGCCAUACUGGCCAGUACUAUGUCGGUGGCAAUUUUGGCCGCAUUCAAUGCACGACCUACAAUGUCAGAGAUAAUUUCGUGGAUCGACGUUGAAACGUUGCUGUUGCUCUUUUCCAUGAUGACCUUGGUCACUAUUUUAAGUGAAACAGGCAUUUUUGACUACAUGUCCGUGUUGGCGUACAAAAUUACAGAAGGGAAAAUUUGGCCUUUAAUCAACGCGAUUUGCUUUAUUACAACUAUCCUGUCAAGUUUUUUGGAUAAUGUGACAACAGCACUGCUAAUAACACCAGUUAUUAUAAAAUUAUGUGGAGUCAUGAAACUUAAUCCAGUUCCAAUAUUAAUCUAUUCUUUAAUCUUUGACAACAUUGGAGGGGCUUUAACACCGAUUGGAGACCCACCGAACGUCAUCAUAGCUUCGAACAAGGACGUGCUCAAAUCCGGAGUGACAUUCGGAACGUUCACCUUGCACAUGGGAGGGGGGGUGUUCAUAACGCUAAUAAUAAUAUAUCUGCAACUAAGGUACUCCUACAGGGACCCCAACAAGUUCAAAUAUUCGGGCCCCAUCGAGGUGCAGGAGUUGAAACGAGAAAUCGCCGUGUGGCAAAGGACGGCCGCCUCCGUUAGCAGUUACAGCCGGGACGAGGAGGCGGUGAGGGAGUCGCUGUUCAAGAAGUCGGCGAAGCUGCAGGACUUGCUCAAGGUUUCGCUGCAGAACACGAGUGCUUUUAGCGACGAUUAUCAGACGAAUCUGGAGGAUUUGCGGAAGAGGUAUCCGAUUAAGGAUAAGGUACUACUUAUUAAAUCCGGGGGAACUUUGUUGUUGGUUAUUUGCGUGUUUUUCCUUCACUCCAUUCCGGCGUUCAGUAAGCUUGGAUUGGGGUGGACGUCUUUGCUGGGGGCACUUUUGCUUUUGCUCAUGUACGACAAGGAGAACACUGAGGUGGUGCUGAACCGAGUGGAAUGGUCGACGCUUUUGUUCUUCGCCUCCCUUUUUAUAUUAAUGGAGGCGUUGGCCAGGUUGGGAUUGAUAGAGUGGAUAGGAAAACAAACCCAAGAUAUUAUAAUGUCAGUUGGUCCAGAUUCCAGAUUAACUGUGGGCAUCAUUUUGAUGCUGUGGGUUUCUGCUAUAGCUUCAGCAUUCGUUGAUAACGUGCCAUUAACAACUAUGAUGGUGAGGAUUGCCACAGACUUGAGCAACAGCAGAGAACUUGGCUUACCCUUGCAACCUUUAAUUUGGGCACUGUCUUUCGGUGCUUGUUUUGGAGGUAACGGUACCCUGUUUGGUUCCACAUCGAACAUUGUUUGUGCUGGAGUCGCUGAGCAACACGGCUACAAGUUUACCUUCUUGGAGUUCAUGAAGGUUGGAAUGCCUGUGAUGAUUUUAAGCCUCAUCAUCAUUACUGUUUAUCUGGUUGUUUGCCAUGUUGUUCUUCAAUGGCAUUGAAGAUUUUAAUUCGUUUAAAAUAAAACUAAAACACUA